AUGAAGGAUUUUGAAGCGUCUGGAUGUGGAUUAUCGGCACAUAGCCUCAAGACGCCGACCAGACCCGAUUUUGCAACAAUCCUCUCAGAAACCAACAAACCAGACUGGAUGCAUUUAACUUCGGACAAUAAAACUGCCAACAAGAUGUUGUGGAUUUCUGACAGCGGGUUCAAGGUUCUCCGUAGAACUGUGUACUCUCCACAGGUGGUGGGCAAAGAAGUAAUAUGGAACAUGAGGGCCUACUGGGAGGUGGAGUAUUCGGGGUGGGUGGUAAUUGGAGUCACCUAUGAAGGAGCAGGAAGGAGGGCACACUCUAGGCAGUGCGGCUUCGGAGAAAAUGAGGAGUCCUGGGGUCUGUCUUGGUCAGGAACAUGUUACCAGAUCUGGUUAAACAGUAUGAUCAACAACAUCAAGGAUCUCCCGUGCUGCUCCACGAUCGGAGUUUACAUCGACCAGUCUGCAGGGGUUAUAAACUUUUAUAAUGUGACCGGUGAGGGGGCAGAGAAGGAGGUUAAGCUGUUGUAAAAAGUUAAGACUACUAUUGAGAAAAAAGAUUCUUCCAGGUUUCUGGAUAGAAAUUGAAUCCUCAUGCACAAUACUGCAGAGAUCAGAAUGAAUUGCUAAAGCUAAAAAACGGAUCAACUCUGUUAAUGAUGAUAAAGCUAGAGUCAGAUUUUGACACUUUGACAAAUGUUAAA